AUGCCGAGUUUAAGGCCAAUUGUUACAAAGCUAAGGGCCGAGCUCAGAAAUGGAAUCGAGGAAUUAGAAAGGGCUAGAAUAGAUACUGUCGCCGAGAAUGUUAGGCGGGUACCUGUCAAUUCCAAGUCGUCAAAGGAAAAGAAGAUGGACUCUUUUCUGGAUGAGGUGAAUAAGACCAAGAUUAGCCAUGAGAUACAUUUCUCAUACCGAGCAGUCAGGGGACCGGAUUUAGACUACAUACUGCGAUUUUUCAUAACAUUUUAUGCGCCACAAAGAGCCACAAGAAGUUCGAUUGCACCGAGAGGUGCAAAGUUUGGUGCAACUGGUGUGGAAACCCCCCCGCACGCCGACCACCUGCUGUUGGCAAGAGUGGACAGGAAGUGCCCCAGAGACAAGGAAGUGGAAAUGGGAGGAACAUCAUUAAUGUUUCCGGUCCUAAUAAUGCUAGUAAAACAGCAAAUACAACAGGUAUCGCUAGGUUGGCCCUUAUUGCAACCUCCGCAACAACAAACACCACCACCUCAAUCUCACCAACAUCAAUCGCCAAUAUUUACGCCUCCUCCUCAACUUGGUCCUUCUCAACCAUUUCACAUGCAACAACCAGCAUCAAAUAUACUUAUUUCUCAGAAUAUCCGCCCUGUACCUCAAUUCGCUCAAAAUCAAGUUCCAAUAAUUAACCAUGUCAACAAUAUGUUACCUCCUCUACCCGCACCGACAGUCCAAUCAACAUUUAAUCAACAACUACUUUCAAGCUGGACAACUCAAAUGCCACAACAACCACGGACAUUCAAUUUCCCUAACCAAGUAGAUCAAUCAUUGCAGCGUCCACCGACUCAAUCAUCACAACCUUUUAUCGGCGCAUUCACCAAACCAUCCAUUGGACAACCUUUACUUCCCAAGCUGCCCGAGAAACCACGUCCUGGUCGUUCGAAUGCCGAGGUUGUGAACAAACUAAUAGCAAUGAAAGAGCAAAUAGAAAAGGGACUGCAUCCGACGAUUAAACCAGGAAUAAAAAAUGAUCGAAUUAAAUCAUCAACAAAAGAAAAUACGAAGUUGGAGCCAUUUGUUGAUGUGAAGUUAGAAAACCCUAAUCCGUUAUCAGAACCUGACACCGUAUUUCCUUCUACUCCUAUUCCUGUUUCUUCAAAUUCCCAAACUGCAAGGGAUUCAAAUCACGAUAAAAUAUUUCGCACUCCAAGGACUAAAUCUGUUGAUUCCCCAUCUGACAGAGAUCGUCGGUUUACGCUUCGCACAGGAUCAUUCCCAUCACCCAUUGCGAGUGACUAUUACUCUAAUCCUGAACUCAGUCGGUCGGAUCUUGAUCGGAACGUAUUCGAACAUAGAACUAGUAGAUCACGUAGUCCUAAGCACGAUUUACGCGAUUAUCGUGAGUAUAGCCGUUCUCCCGCCUCUACAAGGCAUUAUCUGAAACCCAUGUCCGAGUACGAUGAAAAGUAUUGUAGUCGUGAUGCUCUACCUGAAUAUAGAGAUAAGGAUUAUCCUCGUCCUCAGGUUUUCGAACAUCCUGCGGAUUAUUAUUCCUACCCACCUGAACGAUAUAACGAGAAAUAUGAUGAGAGAGGACAUAAUAAAGAUUACUUACGUGAUCCAAUGUUGAGAAGAUCUAGAUCGCCGCCACUUUAUCAUUAUAGUCGACGUAUGGAUGAGAGUGGCAAUGGAUGGUAUGGAAAUGGAUUGUAUGGCAGAGAGUAUCAAAGACAGGGAAUAUACCAUGAAUCACCAAGGGAUGACAGGUAUGAACAUAGAGAGAGAGAAUUUUCAAUGAGAGAUGUUGAUAGAGGAUAUCCCGAAAGAGAAUACUCCAAAAUUAUGGAAUACGAUUACGGUAUGAAUAAGAAGCGAUGGCAUUAG